AUGCUUCGUUUAAUCAAAUAUCCUCUGCUCCGACGUUGGAACUCCACCACAUCUAACGGUGUGCAAACGUUGAUGCGCAAAGGUCUAAUCGAAGCAGUGACUAGUGAUGACGUCCUCAAGGAAAAAAACUUACACGUUUACGUUGGUUGUGAUCCUACUGCAUCUUCGCUUCAUGUGGGUAAUUUGUUUGUAUUUCUUGCAGCCACCUAUUUUAACCAAAUCACUGUUUUGGUUGGUGGUGGUACUGGUUUAGUGGGCGACCCUUCAGGGAAAACAAGUGCAAGAGUAUUGAUAGAUAAGGACAUAUUACGGGCCAAUGAAGUUAAAAUCACCGAGCAACUUCAAAAACUUUACUCAAAUUUUGAAAAAUUCCAAGACAUUCAUGGAGGCAACAAACCUUUGAUUCAGAUUGUAAAUAAUUAUUCCUGGCUCAAGGAUGUGACGCUCCUUGACUUUUUGAGAAAUGUUGGCCCCAAGGUUCGUGUUAAUGAGAUGCUUGCAAGGGACUCGGUGAAAAAUAGAGAUGGCGUUCAUUUUGGAGAGUUUGCUUACCAGUUAUUGCAGAGUUAUGAUUUCUUGCACUUGAGUACGAAUGGCGUUAAUGCGCAGUUGGGUGGUGCUGACCAGUGGGGUAACAUCACUGCUGGAUUGGAUAUGAUUAAAAAAUUCGGCAGCAAAAACAACUGCUACGGAGUUACCGUCCCGCUUUUGACUACGCCAAGUGGUGAAAAGUUUGGUAAAUCAGCCGGAAAUGCAGUAUUUUUGGACAAAGAUAUGACGGCACCAUUUCAGUUGUAUCAGUUUUUCAUAAAUACUCCUGACAACAUUGUACAAAGGUUCUUCACAUUGUUGAAUGUUGCAAAGGAGAAAAUACCAGAAUCAGAGACCGAGUCGCAAAAGCUUCUUGCUAAAUACAUGACAUGGAUCAUUCAUGGAGAAGAUGUGGCUGACGCUUGUGACGCUGCUUACAAACUUUUGAAUGGAUUCCCAGCUAAUGUAAGCAUCAACGAUUUUGACAAAGCAGGUAUUUUGAUCAGAUGCAACAAGGAAGAGAUGCUCAGUGCUAUUAUUGCAAGGAAUAGCGAUAUGCUGAGAAGAGAAGUCAAUAGAACAAUUGCUGCAAAGGGAGUAACCGUUAAUGGUGAAAGGAUUUCGAAAGAUGAGCUUAUCCUGCCACAACACGAGUUUGUAGUGGAUGGUAAAGUAAUUGUGAGGGUUGGCAAAUCUAAAUUUCAUGUGUUGACAUUUGAAUAG